UUUCGUCGCGUUCGACCACACCGUCGCCCCGACCGACCGAAGAAAGAAGCUGUGUGGUGCUGUGCUGCCCCGCCUGCUGCUCGAGCCCCUCGCGGUUCAACCUUCGACCUACCGCCAGAGAGUCGCGCUGUCCACCCUUCACCCGCUGCAUCUCUCUCUCUUCUUCUUCUUUUUAUUCGUCGCUCUUCGGUUCUUCUUCGUUUUCCUGAUUUGCCGCUGAUGCUUUGCCCGGUCUGGAUGAUGGUUCUUUUACGUACAUCUUAUGGUGGCUCUUAUUCAUGAGUGGUUCUCUCUCACCAUACGUUCCUUUCAAUAUUGCUAUCCAUCUUUUCGGAUCUUGUUUCACAAGUGUUGCUAUCAGUAUCUGUGUUCACUCCCAUAAAUUCUUGAUAACAUCUAUCUCUCUGGUUGGUUGGAGUUUGAAUAGGUGGGAUGUGAAUAUUAAGUGUUCAAGGUUCUUUGCAAUGCCAAUUCCAGAGGAACCAAUAUGAUGUUGUUCUCAAAUUCAGGGUAUUCAGGAGAAACAAAUGGGUGUGGAUAUAGGACCCAUGCAUCAUUAGGUUGAUCAAAUGCUCUAGAUAAUAUUAAACUUGGAGUAGUUAGUGCAAGCUAUUUUUGUACAAAUUAAGCCCCACAGGUGUCAGCAAUGUCUCAUUCUGCAGAUGCAGACUCUGUUAAGAGUGUGUUCUUGUCUGCAGUUCAGUUCGCUACGUCUACUCAUUCAUUCCCUCCUUUUAUUGAUGAUUUAAAAUUAUCAGCCCAGGAACAAGUGGAGUACAUGCUAGUAGAAGAUCAACAUGCACCACUAUUUAUAAAUGAUGAUCAUGUGAAAUCUGAGCUGAGAACUUGUCUUUCAAAGAUGUUCUCUUUGUUUGAGGUUCAAGCAUGCUCACUUUUAUUACAAUCUGAUGAUUCAUUGGAAGCAGCUGCAAAGAUGGCCCUGAGUAGUCUAUCAGAUAUUGAAUGGAUAUGUAAGAUUCUUCCAAAGAUGGAUUUAAUGAAGGAUUUUGUAGUUAGUUGGUUAUGCAUUUCGGAGAAAAUUUUAGCUAUUCUUCGAGAGGAGAACAUUGAUACCUUCUUGUGGGCAUUCAAACUAAAGCUCUUAGAAGUAUUGGGCAAAGUAUUAGAAGCAAUAGGGUAUGGAAAUGUUGUUCUUCCAACAGCUGCCCGUGUAUGCAUGUUGAAACUCUGGCUCCCAUACAUACGGAAGUGGAAGCUUCUAUUAGAUCUUCACGACAGCAGCGAUCAGUUAUGUAUGUACAAGAUUGAUUCAGACCUUUGUCACAACAUUGAAGCUGCAAUUGUCUCACUUGUUUUGGCACUGCCAUCUAACGAUCAAGCUGAAAUUUUCUCUGAUUGGUUAACUGCUGAAAAAGUAACGUAUCCUGAUUUAAGUGAAGCAUUUGAGCUCUGGUGUUUCAGGUCCAAAGCUGCAAAAAGGAGAUGCAUGGCGGGUGAGAAUGGUGUUGGAGCCGCCCCACUAUGAAAGAUAUUUCAUGUCGACUCUUGAACCUGUUACAUAGCAUAGUUAGUGGUCUGUGUUGAUUCUUGGGCCUAUUAUCUAGCUUCUGUUGUGGAAAACUGGAAUUCUCUGCUUAAGAAGGAAACACAUGCGAACUGAAAAUUCUAUCUUCCAAGGCUUCAACUUCAGCAAGUUAAUCUAAAUUUUGAAGGACAGGCAGUUUAUGGCAUGUUGGGAGAUCAAAUUUCCAAAGAAGUUGAGGUUCUGUAACUGUUUUAGGCCCUUGUGAACUAAAUCUCCUGUUGGAGAAAUCUUUUUUUUCCCGCUGGUUUAAGCACAAAGUGCUUUUUUAGCAGAUAUAAAAAAGCAUUAGCCCAACAAUUUUCAA